AUGCGCGUUCUCCUAGUUGUGCCGAUUUUGUUCGCGUUGUGUCACAGUCAGGGAAAAGUUAAUCAGACCAGUUUGCACCAUGGCCUCACGGAGAGGAUUGGCAACUUUUCCAUCGAGCUGCUAUAUCACUCGACGGCGACACAAAAGAAUGUUCAGAAUUUGGUGAUAUCGCCGUUCACAGUGUGGACUGUCUUAGCUGUGAUAGCCGAGGGCGCUUCGGAGAAUACGCUGAAGCAAAUCAGCCACGCUAUACGGGUAGCGCCGAGAUUGAGGGCGCAGACUCGCCAGGAGUUCCGCAAUAUCGCCCAAUGGCUGCAAGUCAACACGACCACAGUCAACCUCGAAAAAUUCAACGCGAUCUUCGUCGACGAACGCAAGUUGCCCCUCCCAGAUUUCGUCUCGAUCGCUAACCAAUACGAAACCAAAAUGAUCAAGCUCAAUUUUACGGGCAGUUAUACCUCCGAACUGAUUAAUACGGCAAUCAACAAUGUUACCCACGGUAAAAUACCGCAUCUAACUGACAGUAGCGACUUUGCUGAAGCACAAAUGGUGCUCACUAGUGCUUUGUACUUUAAAGGACAAUGGACCAUGCCUUUCAACACCAGCUCAACAUCCAAACAACCAUUUUUCGACAGCAACGGUAAGAAGAUAGGUGAGGUCAAAAUGAUGUACAAUCGUAACAACUACCCAUUUGCUAAUAUAAUGGAACUUAAUGCUAGAGUUAUAGAGUUGCCCUAUGGUAAAGAGAACAGGCUGUCUAUGCUUGUGAUGCUGCCAAAUCCUGGUGUAUCCGUCCAGGACAUGUUCCUCAAUUUUAACAAUGUACCUAUAGAUGUGAUCUUCGAAAAUUUGAAAUUGUCUACCGAAGAGUAUGGAGACGAUGAAGUAGAUUGUUUCCUGCCCCGUUUUAAAAUAGAGUCAAAUUUGGAUUUAACUGAUACAUUAAAGAAUCAGUUAGGCAUAAAAGAUUUGUUUGAAGAGUUAAAAGCUAGAUUGCCGUUAAUGUCGCGCAUACCAAUGUAUGUCACAAAAGUUGCACACAAAGCAGCGAUUGAAGUAACGGAAGAGGGAACAGAGGCAGCUGCAGUGACCGCUGCCGAGUUCUCAAACCGCAUUGGUGUUGUGAGAUUUGAAGCAAAUAGACCAUUCUGUUAUCUUAUCAUAGAAAAAACCACGAACUCCAUUGUUUUUGGAGGUAUUUACCAAAACCCAUCUUUAUUU